AUGACUGCUGCCGACGUCAACGACACGGUCAUGAGACUUAUUGAACGCCAACAAGUACGCCAAGCUGACUUGGAGCGGUAUCCCGAUAUCGUUCACGAAGAUGAUGCUGUGGUGGACUCACCAACGCCGAUAUUCGACCUAUUCCUGAGCCAUGGCCCUGACACCAUCCUCCUCAUGACCAACUUCACGACAGCUGAAUUCAAUUCGAUUUGGUACAACCUUCAAGACCAUGAUGUCCUAUUCAUGGUGCUGACUGUGCUGAAGCAUGGCGGAACAUGGGACUACAUGGGGAGACGAUUCGGAUUGAAGGGUCCCACAUUCCAACGCCUUGUCAUUCGCUAUUUGGCUAUCAUCGACCCAAUGCUUUACGAAACUUACGUCGUCAAGGCCGCAAACAAGUUCACAAUGAAAAAGCUUGUCACGUCUGGUCACAUAUUCAAGCACUAUAAGACAGCCCGCUACGCCACUGAUGUAACCUUUCAGCAAUCAUACCGUCCAUCAGGUAAACAUGAAGAAGUCAAGCCCUACUACAGCAAGAAGCAUGGUCUUUAUGGCUACAAAGUCGAGACAAGUGUCCUCCCGAAUGGUCUGUCGAUUGGCUGUACCGAACACUUCCGCGGCGCCACACAUGACGUGCAAAUAUUCCGUCAAAAUGCCGAUUUCCACCUACGUGAACUCCAAAAACAACCUGUGGACUCUAACGUCCCCGACCGUGGACCGCUCGCCGACAAGUUCCCUGACCAGUGGUGUGUGCUUGCUGACAAGGCGUACCAAGGCCUUCAAGAACACUUCCGCGUUAUACAUCCCAAGAAAGCGAAACCCAACCAAGACCUAUCCAUGGAGGAGGAGCGAGAAAACCGCGAUAUUUCAAGUGACCGAAUCAUUGUGGAGAAUUACUUCGGGCGACUCUGCAACCUCUGGCGCGUUUGUUCUGACAAGUUUCGAUGGGAUGAAGGGCUUUACGACACGAUUUUCAGAGUCUGUUUGUCCUUGACAAACGCGAAUAUCAUGAUUCAUCCUCUACGCGAUGACGAUGAAGGCUUCUACAAUCGUAGAAUGAACAAGUUGGCCAAAAUUGGAGACGAAAUUCAACGGAAACGGAAGUUGUCACAGUCGACCUAUCGAGCCAAGAGAAGAAUGCGCCUUGAGGCUGGCUAUCUUGAGCUUGGUGGCGAGGAAUAG